GACAUAGCUCACCGAACCCGCUCCUCUUCUUCCCUUCUCCGCGGGGUCUUCUCCUGAACUCCGGAAGAAGGCGACGCAAAAUCCCCAAAAACACUCUGUCCUCGUAAUAUCCGUCGUUAGGCAUCUAAAGAGAAUGCGAGGGCUGGAAGGGUCAUCUGUUGAUCCAUCGUCACACGGUGGCUACUUCCGUGAGAUCGAAGCCCUAAGCAAGGCGCUCAAUGUGGAAUCCAAACCCCUCCGCAGCCGUAGCCGUGCUGUACCGCCUUCCGGAAGCCGCAAUGAUAGAGAAUCGCAGUUGAGAGAUGAGAAGGGAGGGCAUGCAGCUGUAGGCUGUGCUCCAUCACGCUCUCUUUCCACCGGCAAGUCCUUUGCGCCACCGGAUUCCGAUCGAAAGGAGAAGAAGCCGUCUUCUCUGUGGAACUGGAAGCCGCUCAAAGCUCUUUCCCACAUCCGCCACCGCCGUUUUGAUUGCAUCUUCUCCAUGUGCGUGCACUCAAUCGACAACAUUCCUCCUGCCCUUGCCGACUCCAGUCUCUGCGUUCACUGGCGCCGGGCGGCAGUCGAUUCUGGCUCUACCCGUACUCGCCCUGCAGUUGUUCACCGUGCCGCGGCCAAGUUUGAUGAGUCGCUUACUUAUAACUGUUCUGUGUAUGGAAGCCGGAGCCGAGCGCAGGGCUCUGCUAAAUAUGAAGCGAAGCAUUUUCUUAUCUAUGUUACGGUGGUUGGUUCUCCAGGUCUCGACCUUGGCAAGCACAAGGUUGAUCUCACGAGGUUGCUGCCGCUUAAUCUGCAGGAGCUUGAGGAAGGGAAGAGUUCUGGAAACUGGAGCACGAGUUUCCGUUUGUCCGGUAAGGCAAUUGGGGCUUGUUUGAGUGUUAGUUUUGGGUUUUCAGUUGUUGUUGGGGAUGAGAAGGUACAGAAACCAGGUGGAGAUACGAAAAUUUUCGAGGUUUCUGGUGAAAAGGGGGAUAGGGCGAACAGAGUUACACGGCUUGGAAGCCUUCCAGCGAAGAAUUCUCAGUUUGUUGAUGAUGUGAAAGCUCUUGGGGAGAUCAUGGAGAAUAAACUUGAUGUGGUUCCAGACUCGAUUGCUUCAAGGGUAGAGGCUGGGGUAAUUGAUAAACAGGAUAAUUCAGCUGAAAUGAAAUGUUGUGUUCUGCCAGAACCGUGUGAUUUGAAUAUGCUGAAGCGUACAGAGGAUGAAUUAAUGGUGAUUGAAUGUGAGAUGGAGAUUACUAAAGAGGAUAACAUAAAUAUGACUGCUAAAAGGCUGGAUUCUGAGAGGGCCGUGAUGCAGGAUUUCUCUGAGAUUGAAGUGAUUAAAGGGGAGGCAAAUCAAAAGGAAGAUGAGAACUCUUAUUGUCAUCAAAUGACUGGAGAGCUAGCCACUUUACUUGAAGAGUCUACUUUGAAGAAUGAUGAGUCAACCUUCUUUGGCAUCUCAUUUGACGAACUAGAAGAAAUGGGGUAUCCAGAACUAAAAGCAGAAACCUCUGAAAAUUUGAGUUUUGAUGACGUUGAGCUGAAGCAAAAAGCAGCAAGUAUGAAGAGCCCCUCCUGCAGUUUGGAUGAUCUGACAGAAGAAGUUGCUAGUGAAUUCUUGAGCAUGCUAGAUGUGGAGCAUGGUUCUACAGAUUUGAGUUCUGAGGGUGAUCCAGAGUCGCCAAGGGAACAGCUCUGGAAACAGUUCAGGAGGGAAUCUCUGGGUCAUGGUUGUGGUAUGUUUGGUUUUGACGUUGAAGUUGAUGAGGAAAUAAAUUGGGUUAAUAGUUCAGAAGGUUUUGAUUUUUCCUCAACUGUUUAUGACGCUGAUUCAGAGAAUAAAAAACCAUCCCAAUCAAUGGAAAGUAAAUCAAUGGCUCGAGUACUUGAGGAUGCCGAAACUGAGGCUUUGUUGCGUGAAUGGGGCUUGAAUGAGAAGGUUUUUGACAGCUCUCCGCCUGGAAGCAGGAAUGGAUUUGGUAGUCCCAUUGAUCUUCCACCUGAGGAACCUCCCGAGUUACCACCUCUUGGUGAGAACUUGGGGUGUUUUGUUCAGACAAAAGAUGGUGGGUUUCUGCGCUCAAUGAGCCCAAACUUGUUUAAAGAUUCUAAGAGUAAUGGAAGCCUGAUCAUGCAGGUUUCAAAGCCUGUAGUUCUGCCUGCAGAAAUGGGUUCUGAUAACAUGGAAGUAUUGCAACACUUGGCUUCCAUUGGAGUUGAGAAGCUAUCAAUGCAAGCUAGUAAGUUAAUGCCCUUAGAAGAAAUUACUGGUAAUUUCAUGCAACAACUUGCAUGGCAUUCUGUACCUGAUACGGAAACAUUUCAAAGGCAGGGUUCACAUCAGAACCAUGAAGAUGAUUCUCUCUUUAAUCGAAAUGGUCCCGGAGCAACAGAUAGGGGUGGAGAAUCAAACUGUGAUUAUGUGUCAUUGGAAGAUCUUGCACCAUUAGCAAUGGACAAAAUUGAAGCUCUGUCAAUGGAAGGUCUCAAGAUACAGUCUGGCAUGUCUGAUGAAGAGGUACCUACAAAUAUCACUAAACAAGUUGUUGGUGAGAUUUCAAAUUUUGAUCGAAAAGAAGUCCGGAAUCUUACAUCCUUAGGCCUAGAAGGUGCUGUAGGAUUACACCUUCUUGAUGUUAAAGAUAAUGAGGAUGACGUUGACGGUCUGAUGGGUUUGUCAAUUUCUUUGGAUGAGUGGAUGCAGCUAGAUAUGGGAAUAGUAGAAGAAGAAUAUGAGCUUAGUGAUCGUACAUCAAAGAUUCUUGCUGCCCAUCAUGCUAAACCUACUGAAUUUUCGAGCAGAGGCCGGAAAGAUGAUAAAAAAGGAAAAAUCUCAGGUAGGAGGUGGGGUUUAUUGGAAAACAAUUUCACAGUGGCACUAAUGGUGCAGCUUCGUGAUCCCUUUCGCAAUUAUGAGCCCGUUGGGACCCCAAUGCUUGCUUUAAUUCAAGUGGAGCGCGUUUUUAUCCCUCCUAAACCUAAAAUUUACUGCACAGUUUCAGGUACGACCAAGUCUGAACAAGAGAAUGAGUCUGAUACUGAGAAGGAACCUGUUCUGAAACUAGAAAAGGAAAAUGUUGUCGAUGUAAUUCCUCAGUUUAAAGUCGCUGAAGUUCACGUAGCCGGUUUGAAGGCUGAACCUGAAAAGAAAAAGCAUUGGGGCAAUUCGAUUCAGCAACAUUCUGGUUCUCGAUGGUUGCUUGCAAAUGGGAUGGGGAAGCAUAGCAAGCAUCCACUCAUGAAGUCAAAUGCAAGCAACAAAACAUCACAAUUGACCACAAAAACUCAGCCUGAUGAAACUCUUUGGAGUAUUUCUUCACGAAUUCACGGUAAUGGAUCCAAAUGGAAUGAGUGUUUCAGGAUAGCAAAAUUUUUCUCCUUUGCAGUACUCCAUCCAGUAUGAGCUUUACCAUGAAUAUCCAUUGGAUUUUGUUCUUGUAGUUUUAUCUUGGCCUAUGUAUCUUUGAAUCACUAAUAUGAAUUACUAAUCAAGGCUUCGUU